GUUUUCUCCUGCAUUUAAAGACAGAGACUCUCACCUCAGCCAGUUUCCUGGAGAAAUAAAAAAGCACACAAGGCACAUCCAACCAUGUCUGAGGGACCAAAAAAAACAAAGAUUUCUGCAUCUCGCAGACUGGCUCUCAAGACCAAACUGCUGAAAGCAGCAUCUGUGAUGUUGGACAAAGAAAAGGAGGAAAUUAAGCUGGAGAGAGAAACUUCUCUGAGUGAGAGAGUUCCUCCACUCCAGCUGUCUGGUUUGUCCAUGCAGGACCUUCAGACUCUCUGCAGAGAACUGCAUCUUAAGAUUGAUGUGGUUGAUGAAGAGCGCUACGACAUCAACGCCAAGGUGGAUAAAAACAAUAAGGAGAUUGAAACUCUGUCUAUGAAGAUCUUUGAAAUGAGGAAGAUGAAGCGUCCCGCUCUUAAGAGAGUGAAGAUCUCAGCAGAUGCCAUGCUGGGGGCUCUGCUGGGUUCAAAGCUCAAAGAAUCUGUGGACUUCAAGGCCAACCUCAAAACUGUGAAGAAAGAGGAGGAGAAGAAAGAAGAGGUGACUGACUGGCGUAAGAACGUGGAGGCGAUGUCUGGUAUGGAAGGAAGGAAGAAGCUGUUUAAUGCAGGACAGUAGAUUUUGUAUUUUUGGGCAUUUGAAAUAAACUGUUUUGCUGUGCUGUUUUCAGUAUUUAUUUUAAGAAUACACAUGAACAAUCGCAAUUUGCACAAAUGGGCAGAGUUUAUGGUGUGUGUUUAAACCUUUGUAAUAUGCAAAAAUAUGAAGAAAGCUAGAUAAGAUGCAUUCAAUGGUUUGUGGGGUUUCUAUGUUGCUCUAUCUGUAAAUCUGGAAGUUUGUGACAAUAAAUUAUUUUGAUUAACACAGA